ACCGAACCAAUAUCUAUCUGCUGAGGCGUCGAUGACGAGCUUGGAUUAAUAUUACCCGGUUACACAUGAGGUGGUUUCCCUCCACAGGCCGAGUAAGCUGAGAGUUAUAUAUCCCGGCCGUCAGCGUGGUGGCAUGCUGAGUGGUAAAUGAGAUGCCCAGACUCAGUAGUAGCUUCCCCGCAGGCCGGUGGCAGUAGCCCAACCAACGAACCCGUUAUCGGCAGCUUCCUUGUCAAUUCAACUCUCAACAUUUUCUCUACUACUCCUGUCCAGCACUUCAUAACACUCUUUUGUUCAUAAGUUUAUACAUCCAUAUCAUUCACGAUGACUGUGCCAACGAAAACUCAAUAUUCCAUUCUUGUCAUCAACCCCAACACUUCAACGCACAUGACCAAUGCUUUGAUACCCAUACUGGAUAAUCUCGGGCAUGGAGGCAUACAAUUCGACUACUUCACAGCUCCAGCAUCCGAAUCAGUCACGCUCCCCGAUGGAAGAGUGGUAGAAGGAGUGCCCAGUAUUGACUCUGGUGAAGAUUCUGUCAAGUCAGCCUUUUAUUGCAUGCCCUUCCUAGAGCAACUGGUGUCCGAGUAUGAUGGCUUCAUUGUCGCCUGCUUCUCAGCUCAUCCCCUCGUUGGUAUGCUCAAAGAAAAAGUCAGAUCGAUCGAAGACGCAGAGUCAUCGGGAGUUCCCUCGGAACUGAAGGUCAAGAGAAAGUACGUGACGGGUAUCUUUGAAGCGGCAGUUCUUGCUGCUCUCGGCGUGAUUAGUUCAUUUCAAGCCACUCCGGGCCCAGAUUUCGGCAAGGCCCAAUCUCGAGAUACGUUCGGCAUAAUUUCGACCGGUAAAGUCUGGGAGACUGAACUCAGCAAAGCGGUCGCUGACAUGCUCGGCAACUCGGGAGAUUCCACAUCCACUGGUCGGUUUGCUGGGGUUGAAACAACUGGACUGACGGCCGUCGAACUACACACCACCCCUCCCCAAGAAGUGAGAAGGAGACUGGUCGAAGCGACAGAACGGCUUUUGAAGAAGGCAGCCCAUCCUGUUGGUGCGAUAUGCAUGGGCUGUGCCGGCAUGGUGGGCAUGGAAGACGCAAUAAGAGAGGGAUGUGUCAGAGCAUACGGACGACAAAAAGGCUGUCAAGUCAGAAUAGUCGACGGCGUUAUUGCUGGAGCGGGGAUGCUUGCAACGACUUGCAAAGCCGGUUUCUAGGGGCCUGUCUGCAGUCAGUACACCAUCUCUCAUGUUGGAGACGUUGUAAAACUGUGCGAGACUAUGUAUUAUGAUGAGCUGCGGUCAAUGCACCAACUACCAAGAACGAGCUGCAGCUGCCUGUAUUAUUAUGAAGAGAGAGAGAGUCUAUUAUGUCACUUUAGCUAGUAGCCUUGAUGCCAAUAGUUUCUUUGAAACCCA